AUGUUUCCAAGGCAGGAACUGUCAUCAGGAGCAAAGGUUACAUUUUACUGUGGGAAACCUCUACUGAGACUUCAGUGGAAAGUCAAAAAACUGGCUCUGAAAUAUCAUCCCGAUAAGAAUCCGGAUAAUCCUGAGGCUGCAGAAAAAUUUAAAGACAUCAAUAAUGCUCAUGCAACACUGACUGAUCUGUCCAAGCGAAACAUAUACGACAAGUAUGGAUCAUUAGGGCUCUACGUAGCAGAACAGUUUGGUGAGGAAAAUGUUAACACCUACUUCAUGCUGUCAAGCUGGUGGGCAAAGGGCCUGUUUGCAGUCUGUGGCUUGCUGACGGGCUGCUACCUCUGCUGCUGCCUCUGCUGCUGCUUCAACUGCUGCUGCGGGAAGUGUAAACCCAAAGCACCCGAAGGGGAAGAGCACGAGUUUUUUGUGUCUCCAGAAGAUUUGGAAGAGCAAAUUAAGAACGACAUGGAAAGAGAUGGAGAAACUCCUAUCGUGCUUCAGCCGACUAAUGCAACUGAGAAGACACAGCUAAUAGGGGACAGCCAUCGGAGCUAUCGCACAGACUCCUAG